AUGGUUGAGAAGCCAGCAGUGAAUCCGGCGACACAACCGCUGAAUUUGGCUGAAUAUCACCUGUUCGCCAAGGCCCGGCUCCCCGCUAUGGUCUAUGGCUACUACGCGAGCGGUGCAGACGACGAGCAAACGCUGCGCGACAACGAAGAAGCGUUUCGACGUCUACGCUUCCGUCCGCGUGUGCUUAUAGACGUUUCUCGGGUCGAUAUCACGAAGCAGGUUAUGGGCAUCGACUUGUCGUUCCCGCUGAUGGUGGCGCCGACCGCCAUGCAACGCAUGGCGCACCCUGAAGGCGAGCUGGCAACCGCCCGAGCCGUUGCACGUAUCGGAACGGUGAUGGGUCUGUCAUCCUGGGCAACGACCUCGCUUGAGGACGUUGCGGCGCACGUGCCUGGUCUGCCCAAGUUCUUCCAGCUGUACGUGUACAAGGAUCGGGCGAUCACGGAGCGCCUUGUGCGGCGUGCUGAGCGCGCAGGUUUCCGAGCAAUAGCCCUCACCGUGGAUACGCCGCAACUUGGUCGGCGUGAGGCGGAUAUCAGGAACCAGUUCCAGUUGCCGCCGCACUUGUCUCUCGCGAAUUUUGCCGAUAUGAAAGAUUUUGCGCAAGUGAAGGGCGGAGCAGGCGCUUCUGGCCUGGCAUCCUACGUCGCAUCGCUGAUUGAUGCAUCGCUGAACUGGAACGAUAUCGCUUGGCUUAAGAGCAUCACGAGGCUGCCAAUUCUGCUCAAGGGGGUCGUCACUGCAGAAGACGCCCAGCGUGCGCUGCAGUACGGCGCAGACGGAAUCUGGAUAUCGAACCACGGGGCCCGACAGCUGGACGGUGUAACCGCCACCAUCGACUGCCUCGAGGAAGUCGCGCAGAGUGUUCGAGGUCGCAUCCCAGUUUUCAUCGAUUCUGGUGUGCGCCGCGGAACCGAUGUGGUGAAGGCGCUCGCACUGGGCGCGGAUGCUGUCCUCAUCGGACGGCCCAUUGUCUGGGGCCUAGCAGUUGAUGGCGAAGAGGGUGUCUACCGGCUACUCAGUUUACUGAAAGAUGAAUUUAAGCUCGCCAUGCAGCUGUGCGGGUGCCAGAAAGUUUCCGAUAUUCGGAGAGAUCUCGUCGUUCGGGAUGCGUUUGCCCCGUACGAUGUCCGCCAGAUGCUCUCUGUGAAGAUGCAGAGCAAACUCUGA